UAAUAUCAUUAAAGUCACUCAUUGCUGCAGGAGUUUAUCAUGAUUAUUCCACAGGGGCUGGUAACGCGCAAUAAACAGGCGUCAAGUGACUAUGGGUUCUGACCAGAGCAGUCUGCCAGCAGGUGCGCCUGGAAGCACAAUUCGCUCUCAGAGAGAUGAAGAAAUCCCCUACACUCAGUUCUCUAUCAGCAAACCUAUUGAUGGAGAUUCACCUCGACAGUCACCACGGGUACAAAAACACAAAGUACAACAGAACAAGGACAAAGAGAGUACCCCCAAACAUGACAUAGUGGUAGUUGCUGAAGGACAGGUCCCCAUCAAAGACCCUGAUCCAGAGCUGACGAAACUCAACACCAUCCCCGUGUUCUUCCCCAUCAUGAGGGGCUCGCUGAAUGUUCCGGUCAGCUCCAGGGAUUUGGAGAUGCUGGACAAGCUAGACUACAGACAACUGUUGUUCCUGUCUCUCCGAUAUCAGGAACAUCUCAAGCAGCUAUCAGAAGCUGUGGCUUUUGAUCAGAAUGCUUUGUGUAUUAGAAUUAAAGAGAUUCACCAUACCAUCAAUGUACUCCACACAGCAUUAGCUGAGAGACAGAAGAAGUACAACAAGUACGCUGAACAGUUUAACCGGGUACAUGAAACGUUAUCUGUACUGAAGAAGAUCAGGCUGAGGAUGGAAGAUAUUGGUCCCAAAAUGGACAGACUAAAUAAACUCUUACCUCCCGGCGAUCAGUUGGAACCCUUUAAUAUGAAGCUUCAAAAACCUCAGUCCUGAUCGGAUACGAAGGAAAGGACUUGUAAGAUUGACUGUGAUUCGACAAUGUGUGUUUCCUGAUCGGAACUGUUUGUCUUUCAAUUUGCACAUUAAGAUGUAUAUUGCAUGCUUUGUAUAUUUCAGUGCAAUGAUAGAUUAAUUUGAAGAUGCCAAAUAAUAUGUCCGUAAGUACAUGUACUUGUAAUGCAGUUUUGUUCUCAUGUAUUUGUUGUUUUGUAAUGUUUAUAGUGCUUGUAGCCAUGGUAACAGUGCCUCACUGUUCACGGAAACAUUGUUAAUAUGUAUAUCACCUGUAUGACAGACAUAUGACCAUGAAUUAAAUAUCGAAAUAUGUUGUCUGUUAAAUAUUUGAUAAUGCUGAAACAGUUUCCAUGUUUUAUGGAUAAGACUAUCCUAAAUUUUGUAUAUCAGCUACACCUUCGGAUUAAAAAUGGUUCGGUGUUUAUCAAAAUAUACACCUUUAUGAACAUGAUGAAACAGAUCUUUAGCGAUAAUUUUGUAACCUGACGUCAAGACUGACUUGUUUUUCUUUUGCCUCCAGCUUUAUGUCAUAUAGACCACUCAAAAAUGAUUCAAGAAGUAUGUACAUUGUUUUUCACAUUUUUCUCAUUGCAACUGGAAAAGUUCAAAUUACCAUGGUUACUCAUCGAAUGUUAUCAGUCUGGUCACAUUUGUCUUGUUUCAUUCAGUGUAAUGAUGACGAUAGAUAUUGUAUGCCUAUAGGAGUAAUUGAGCAUUCAUUCACAUGACUGCUUGUUCUUAAGAAUAACGAUACUGUUUAGAAAGGUAGCUAUUUUGCAAAUGCUUUUUCACAGUGCUGUAGGUCUUUGAAUGUUUUACUUGCAUUCUAGAAAUUAGCGAGUAAAUGAGAAACUGUGCCACUUCACAGAUAACAAGUGUAUUCCAUUUAACGCCAUUUUGACAGAUUCUUAAACUGUUAUUAAGCUGUAGUGACUUCUGCCAGGUAAUGAGUCGAGGUAUGUCUGCAUGACGUGAUUGGUAUGCAGCUGAAUAACAUUAACAACAGGUACUGGAUAACAAGUAACAGAUAAUUGGCUGUAGUCAGAUGAAAAGGAAGAAUAUCAACUCCUCUCUGUAAAUCUGGUUUCAUUAUAUGCUGUCAAAGGUGUAGUCUGGACAAAACGAAUUGUAAAGUACAUACUGAAACUAAUGUGUUGAUAUCAGUAUAUUUCACAGCUGUUGUGCUGAUGUGAUAAUAAUUGAUAAUGUGAACUAAUAUCUAACAUUUAAUGAAUGUGUAGCAAUGGGUUGUAGUCAAAUGGGCCGAAGGACAAAAGGUCGGAAAAAAGUCAAAUGGGCCAAGGCCAAAAGUCAAAAGAGCCGAAAUCAAAAGUCAAAAGGGCGAAAAAAGGUCCGAAAAUUAAAAAAUUAAUAAAUUACAUAAUAAAAUAGUGUAAAUAGUAUUUAGUUUGUGAGUAGUACUUCCUAUUGAUUGAUUGCUAAUUAGUAGUUAAUUGGACCCUAACUGUUAACAAACUUCCUUAAUUGUUAAUUGGAGAUGUUAACAAAUCGAAUUGAUUCUUAAUUAGAUCAAUUAACCUUCUUGUUGUUGUUAUAGGUGAAGAAGGCUGCAACACAAGACCUGUUUAAGUCUGCCAGGUUUAAGUCUGAUAUUGUUAUGAUAUCAUGUUUUAAUGCUAUAUAUGUCAAUAAAAAAUGAAAGACA